GAGAGAGAGAGAGAGUGAGAGAGGAGUUGGGAAGAGAACAGAGGGAAAGAAAAUAGAUUUCAUCCUCCGAUAUCUGUUCUCUGCCUUUUGGGUCUGAGUCACAGAAUAAAAAAUGACAUUCGCAGGAACAACACAAAAAUGCAGUGCUUGUGAGAAGACGGUGUAUCUGGUGGAUCGCCUUGCUGCUGAUAACCGCAUUUAUCACAAGGCUUGCUUCAAGUGCUACCAUUGCAAAAGUACUCUCAAGCUCAGUAAUUUCAACUCCUUUGAGGGGGUAAUAUACUGCAGGCCUCACUUUGAUCAGCUUUUUAAGAGAACUGGCAGUUUGGACAAGAGUUUUGAAGGAACACCAAAGGUCUCAAAGCCAGAAAAACCUGUGGAUAACGAGAAUGGUACCGGGAACAAAGUCUCAAGUUUAUUCGCAGGCACGAGAGAAAAAUGCGUGGGCUGCACUAAAACUGUGUAUCCCAUUGAGAAGGUUACUGUGAACGAAACAUCAUACCACAAGGCGUGCUUCAAAUGCACUCAUGGAGGUUGUACAAUAAGCCCAUCAAACUACAUCGCACAUGAAGGCAGGCUUUAUUGCAAGCAUCAUCAUAUUCAACUCUUCAAGGAAAAAGGCAAUUACAGUCAGCUUGAGACUGACCAUGAAAUAGAGCCUCCACUUCCCACUAAUUCCAUCCAAAUUGCUACAGAAUCAUAAAGUCAAAAAGAAAAAUAAAUUAAGAAGUUUUCCCCUCAUCAUGACCUCUCUUUCAUUUCUCCUCAUCCUUUGCGCGUAAACAUUAGCUUCAUUUUGCUGAUCUUUGAUUUUUUUCCUUCUUCUUAUGGAGUACUUCAGUUAUCUCUAUCAACUUUGGUUGUGUGUUUCUCAUGGGUUUUUGUACAUUGUAAAGUAUUGAAGGUUAUUUCAAUAUAUUGGACCAGAACCAUUGUAAAGCGAA